GUUGGACGUCCUUCUUUGAGUAAAUUUCACCUAGACCGCGUCCACAGAGCUCAUCUUCAUGCUGAUAGGAGUUUCCACUCGUUGGUGACCUUUCAACGUUUAGCUACUUGGGGACUUGAUCCUAAGCCGUCCAUUGAAGCUCUUGCUCACGAGCUUACUGUUCGUAGACGGGAGUUUUUUUAUUUUAUUAUUUUAUUUUAUUUUUAUGUAUACUUAGAAAUUUCCCAAGCAUUGUUUGACUUGUACUUUUUGACUAACAUUUUAUGCUUUUCUUUUAGGGAUGGCAACUAUGAAGGAGAAUAAAGGCAAAGAGGUGAUGGACGAGGUAGUCAAGUAGGGCGCAUAGUCCCAGCCUCGUCCAUCUGUAGGUGAAAAAAGAAAAAUUUUAUCCAAAGGAAUUGACUUGGGAAGUCUCCAAAGUUGGUGUAGGGAGAAAAAGGCCAAGCAUAAGUCUUCCAAGUCUGGGGUGGUUAAGCCUAGUCCUCCUGUGCUUCCCGUCUAGGAUCCCUCCGUCCAAAUUCAUGAUGUUGACUUAGAGCUUGGAGAUCCUCCCUCCGUGUAGAUCCUGUCCAUAGUCAAUGUGCUUGCCUCGUCCCAGCAUUCUCGAUGAGUACCUCAAAACCUUAUUGAAAAUGAAUACUUAGCCUGGGAAAGGUUUGAGAAGAUCAUGACAGACGAGGACGUGGCCGCAUGCUAUGACAUGUCUUUGAAGGACUUUGAGCACUCUGGUGUUCAUGAUCUUUUCAAGGGAAUGUCUAAGUUCAUUGCCGCGUCAAGGCAGGCAACAAAGCUGGACAAGACGAGGAUCCUGCUGGAGACAAGGAUCCAGGAGGUUAAGGAUGAGAGCAAGAAGUGGACUGAGGUGGCGGCAACAGCCAAGAACGAUGCUAAAGAGCUGCAAAACUAUGUCGAGGAGCUGAAGACUGAUGCCAUAGAGAAGGAUACUCAUCUUGAUCACCUUCAAAAGAGGAAUGAUGAGUUGAGUACCCUUCUUGAAAAAGCCAAGGGAGAUGCAGUUGCAAAGUUUAAGGCAUCCAAAGAAUUCACUGACUUGAUGGACACCAACUAUGCAGCUAGGUUUGAAGACUUCAGGAUGGACGCUAUGGAAAACUUCCUUGAAGUUGACUUUAGCUCCAUCAAACUCAACCUUGGUGGUGCUGCUACAAGCUCCCUCUUUCAAACAAGCUCAGUGGAUAUCAACAUUGAAGACAAUGCCACCACCCAGACAAACCAGAACGAUCCCAAUGCUGAUGCCCCCAAGUGAAGACAGAACUUGUUUUUCAUUUCUCCUUGUAUUUUUCUUUUUCAUUUGGUCUGUUGAUUUGGACCUUUUAAUGUAACUUAAGUACAUUUAUCUCAUCCACGGUUUUAGGACAAGUUCCUAAACAAUUUG